AUCACUGCAACCGCCGUGACCCUCCUCUCAGCCAUAGCCCCUCUCUCCAUCUGCUCUGCCCUACCCGACCCUAGACAUUAGGUCCUGUUCCCCAUGGCUUCUUUUCUGGCCCCAGAGGUCCUGGCUCCCUUCCCUGUCCCUCCUUCCCUGCCCCUCUACUCAGUCCCUGCCUCCCUGAGCCAUCCUCCUGCCCAUCUCCCCCCCAGCAUCAGGCCUACGAGUUCCAGUUUGGCGCAGCCUACGCCUGGAUGAUGUGCGUCUUCACGGUGGUCAUGACCUACAGUAUCACCUGCCCCAUCAUCGUGCCCUUCGGGCUCAUGUACAUGCUGCUGAAGCACCUGGUAGACAGGUACAAUCUCUACUACGCCUACCUGCCGGCCAAGCUGGACAAGAAGAUCCACUCGGGGGCUGUGAACCAGGUGGUAGCUGCGCCCAUCCUCUGCCUCUUCUGGCUGCUCUUCUUUUCCACCAUGCGCACGGGGUUCCUAGCUCCCACAUCUAUGUUCACAUUCGUGGUCCUGGUCAUCACCAUCGUCAUCUGUCUCUGCCACGUCUGCUUUGGACACUUCAAAUACCUCAGUGCCCACAACUACAAGAUUGAGCACACGGAGACAGAUACUGUGGACCCCAGAAGCAAUGGACGGCCCCCCACUGCUGCUGCUGUCCCCAAAUCUGCGAAAUACAUCGCUCAGGUGCUGCAGGACUCAGAGGUGGACGGGGAUGGGGAUGGGCUCCUGGGAGCUCAGGGGAUGAGCCCCCCAUCGUCCUCAUCCCAAGAUGAGGAGUUGCUGAUGCCGCCCGACGGCCUCACGGACACAGACUUCCAGUCUUGCGAGGGAUAG